AUGAAGCUUGAAGACUUACUUGGGGAAGAAGAAACCGUAGAUCAACAUAGCGUAGCGGCUCUUCUUGAUCAUCAUCGCCGUCAAAACCGUCAGCAAUUGCAACUUCAACCAGCAGAAGUGAAGGAUGAUCAUAAGAGUGAAGAAGAGAAUAGAGACUUGUUAAAGAAGAAACAAAAACGUCGUCUUCAGAGAGAUGUGACGAAAAUGCAAGGAGAGCUGGAGGACGAGCAAGCACUCAACAAGGCUUUACGUGACAUGCUUCGUGGUCCUGUCAUGACUCAGCCUCGUCUCUCUUUACUGCUUCUUCCUCCUCAGGUUCAAGAACUAAUAGAGGAGCUUGGGACUGUUGAGGCAGAGAUACUCUGCCUUGAGAAACGAAUCCAAGACCUGAAACUUGAUGUGCAUAGUGAGCGAAAAAACAAUGAAGAACUUGAAGCCAAUCUUUCUGAAGAAGAGAGGAUGUUGACUCCUAAGAGACUACUCCAAAGGCAGAAUCAUCUCCCUUGCAAUGCUAACAAUGCCGUUACAAAGAUGAGAUCCGAAGAUCUAAAACAAAGAUCCAAGUCUCAGAGCUGUGAACAGCCUCGUCUUGUCAAGGAUCCUCAAAUGAACAGUCCUCGUACGUCAAUUGGAUCAGCCAUGGAGUUCUCAUCAAGAAUCCAUUCUUCUACCUUUUCUGAUGGAUCAUCAAGAGCACAAGAGAAGAAGAAAGUGCAAGAGGCUACACCAAAUGGAAUAUCAGAAGAUCUUGUGAAGUGCUUGAUGGGAAUCUAUCUUGAACUCAACAGGUCAUCUCGUGAGCGAGAAGGGUCAAGAACUGUUUCAAAGCUGAGCCUCUCACAUCUGAAGAACGCUUCUUUCAAACGCAAAUCGGUGUAUGAUCAGAACGCGUCGAAUCUUGAUCCUUAUGGAGUUGUGAUGGGGACUUCUUUUAGAGACAUUGGAGAGUACAAGAACUUCAUACACAUUACUAGAACAUCCAUUGAUGUUAGCCGUUUAUCUGAUUGCUCAACUUCUAUUGUCAAUUUAAGGGUUUUGAAGGAGAAGUUGAGCAAAGUUGAUUUGAGUUUCUUGAACCACAAGAAAAAGAUGGCAUUCUGGAUCAAUACCUACAACGCCUGCGUCAUGAAUGGAUUUCUAGAACAUGGACUACCUUCAUCAAAGGAGAAACUACUAAACAUUCUCAAAAUGGCAACAAUUGACGUGGGAGGCACGCAACUCUCUGCUCUAGAUAUCGAAGGUUCCGUCUUGCAGAGUCCAUGCGAACCCAGGGAAGCUGUUUCAACUGGUGAAAACGAAGUGAGACUACACAAACGGUACGGAUUCACAUGCGUAGAACCAAACCUAAUGUUCGUGCUUUGUCGUGGAGACUGGUCUUCGCCUGCAUUAAGAGUCUACACUGCAGAAGAUGUGGUGAACGAACUAAUCAAAGCGAGAACAGAGUAUUUAGAAGCUUCCAUAGGUAUCUCAGGGAGGAAAAAGAUUGUGAUUCCUAGAUUCUUGCACAAGCGUCUGCGAGAUUUCGCAGAGGAUGAAGUGUCAUUAGUUGAGUGGAUAUGCAGCCAAUUACCUCCAGUACAACGUUGCUUGCAGGUCAAGGAAACAGCGGUCGAGUGGAUGAACAAGAAAAGUGAGUCGUCUUUGAAUAAGUUGGUGGAAGUUAGGCCUCAUGACUAUGAGUUUCGAUAUCUCUUGCCUUUGUAGAUGUAAUGAUGUUGAUUCUAUAUGUGUGUCAAGGUGUGUGUAAGGCAAAAUUGGUUUUAUUAUUGUGAAUUUUUUAUUAAUUUUGUAAACAAACAAGAGAAGUGAAAG